AUGGAGUCGACUGGAGUUACCGAGUCCCGAGACCUGCCAUCGUGCGCCGGUUGUCGGGCACGCAAGCUCAAGUGCUCACGCGAGAUACCUUCAUGCACGAAUUGUCAACGACUUGAUUUAUCAUGUAUCUAUGAUUCUCUGAAGAACAAACCAGGGCUGAAACGGGGAACCCUUGAGAAGCUCACAAAACGCAUUGAUUCUCUCGAGCGCCAAAUAAUAGAUCGAGACAAUCUUGUGUCAAAUGAAACCCCUGAUCAAACCACCGUGAAUGCUGCUGCAGAUGAACGUCCUGACAAUGACACAUCAGCACUCACUGCACUGACAUUGGAGACCAAGAUCCUGUCGUCUUCAAUCUCGGAGUUGUCCCGAACCAUAUCUGUUCUCACCGAAGCCUCGGUCGCGAAGAGAUCUUCACCAGUUGAGCCUGAAACUAGGAGCGUCAAGCGACAAAAAGUCGUCGAGUCCUCGGCAGUUGUUCCGACAGGACCCUCAACCCUUUCAUUGACCGCCACUCUAGAUUCCCAAGAAGAUGUUGAAAGCCUCCUUGAGGCAUAUUUCUCCAACUUCCACCCAUGGAUUCCAAUGAUUCAUCGUUCAACUUUUCGAAAUAAAGUUAUCGAUAAUCAUGGCGAGCUCGACAAUGGCAUUGUCUUGCAUGCGAUAAUGACAGGAGCUUCACGCUAUGAUGAUCAGCGAAAAGGUCCCGCCGAGAUGUCGAUGGAUAGGUUUCAGAUCGCUUGUGACCACGUCCUGCUGACAGCGAAUCAAAGUCUACAACUUAGAAAUCUGCAAGCACUCACUAUUCUAGCCUUUAGAUACUUGGGCGACGGUAACCUCACAAAAGCGUGGCCAAUUGUUGCUGCCUUGACGAGAAUGGCAGAGUUUCUCGGCAUUUGCGUGGAACAAUCGGAAGUGAAGGCGCAUACAGAGUCCUUCUUCACCCCCUGUCCGCAAGCUCUGCCGCAAAGCUGGGCAGAAGAGGAGGAGACUCGACGCGUUUUUUGGAACAUCUUUAUUUUUGACAGAAUAUGCUCUAUCACUACGGGCUGGAAGGUGGCUCUGACCGCAGACAACUCAAGUCGUAGACUACCCGUAUGCGGUACCUUUUGGAACGAGAACGCCCCUCGGGUGACUCCAUACUUUAGUAUCUGGGACAAGUCUGCCACCAAGAUUUCAAACUCGGUGGCGUUCCUCCCUGCGCACUCCGUGAGCCCGAGGCAGCCGACUGAGCCUUCAAACGAUGGAGAAAAUGUCUCCCCAGGCGAGUCGACAUCAGAUCUGAACACUAGCAAUACGGGCGCUUUCGCAUACUUUGUGGAAUCCCUUGAAUCACUCUAUCAGGUCAAUGAAUACUUUCUUCGGCAAAGGGUCGACUUUGGGAACCGCCAAGAAGUGUUUAGCUGGUUAACAAGAUUCAAAGAGCUUGACUUUCGCCUAGUCCGAUGGAAAACACUACUCCCUCCGAAAUGGAAAGAUCCGAAUGUCCCACCGCCCGAGACUUCCAAUAUCCUGGAUCCGAACAUGUCCUUGGCACAUGUCACGCAUAAUACAUCCAUGAUCAUGUUGCACCAGAAGAUUGGCUACCCAGACUCAAAAUUGAAGGGUAUUCCGCUGCCCAAUUUCUACAGCGCCGAAACCUGCCAUUCCGCAGCGGUCGAGACAUCCAAUAUCACGCGAAACUACUUGAGACAUUCCUCAACUUGCCGACCUUUGUCUCCGCAUUGGGCAUUCUGCGUCUUUGCGAGUGCCAAGGUCCUGCUUGUUCAUCACCGGUUUUAUUCUCAGGAUCUCAGCCCGCAUUUUUGGUCUCUGGUCCAGUGUUUACAAGAGAUGGCACAGAGAUGGAUCGGCAAUAGUUCAAUCGAACCGAAAUCGUCUCUUGCUAGCCAGCUACUUGAUAAACUUCAAUCACUCCAUGCCGGCUCGACUUCAACUUCCAAAUUCAUCAGCACGAUCUACAACGGAUCAUUGCAUUCUCCGCAUGUCAUUGACAGCCAUGAGACUGAGCAUCCAUCUCCGCGAAGCUGUCUGUUUGCGACAGACCAAAGUAAACCCGGCCAAUUUGCCUCACCCGCUAAGCCCUCGGUAAAUCAAAGCGUACAGGUCUCUGAAGAGCCACAUGCUGGGCGACCUGGCAACGAUUGGCUAUCUCCAUCACAAAUUCCCGACUGUAGAAUGUCCACCGCAUCUGGAGGAACGGACGAUCUGUCAAGUAUCAUAAAAAGCUUUUCUGGGGAGCAAUUUACAGGAAUGGAUCGUAUUAUCAAUUUUGAUGAUCUCAACUUCGAAGGCAUCUGUGACGUGGAUCCUGCUGGUCAGGGGGAGGAUAUUACUCAAGCAGAGUGGAACUUUGGUUCAGUUCAAUGGCCUGGCCCCUAG